AUGCUCAGAUCCUGAUCGCGGAUCAGCACGGGCCCCCCCGUAGGGGUGGAUGCUGCCGACAAGGUGUGUUGUUGUUUAUCAGGGGAACACCAGGAGGACGGACGUCGUGGUGUGGUAGCUGGGGAUCGUGGACCUGGAGGAGGCUGGAGAAUGAGCAUAUUCAGUAUACUGCGUCGAAAUUGGGCGCUACGAGUGUCGGUGGUGAUCAACGUAUGCGUGUUGCUCUAUGUGGGCGCCCACUUCGGCUCCUCCGGGCCCUGGAUCGAGGAACCGCCGACUAAUUGGGCGGCGCCGUUGCAGUCCGAGACGUUCGGCGGCGCCUUGGAGCUCGUGAACGGCACCCAAAAGGGCGGCGCCGCCACAUCGUCGUCUUUGCCAGCGGUCAAAGAUGCCGUCGUCAAGGGUCUACGUGGCGGGAACACGACCGGAUCGGUGGCCAGGGCGAGGCACCUAACCACGAGGCCGACGCUGAACGAGGCCAAGGCCGCCGGGGCUGUUGACAAGAACGAUCAUCCACACAAUCAGACGGUGAAGAAGGGCGAGCCGAUCAUCCGUCCGACGAUGAGCCUGAAGGAGGCGGUGCCCUGCAACGAGAAGUCGCUGGAGCCGCGGCGGGCGCAACGGGGCGAUUACUGGGUCCUCUACAAUUACGUGCCGAUGAGCAUCGCGUUGAGAUGCUGGGAGAGCGUGACGUACACCACGCACGCGGAUUACACGUUCCUGGACAAUCUGGAGCCGUUGCUGGAACGAUGGAGGGCGCCGAUAUCGAUCGCGAUGCACGCUCCUGGCACAGACUUCCCGGCGACUCUCGACGCCAUCAAGUACUCGAGAAACUGUGGCAGCCCCCUGGUCUCCCAGCUGGUCACCUUCCACGUAUUCUUCAGCAGCAAACACGUGCCAAAAGUGGUGCCCCCAACCGAGAAAGUUCUGGCUGACACGUACAACUGCACGCUGGGGCCACCGUGGGUGAACGUCACGCUUUCAAAGAUGUAUAAAAACGAGAAGAAGCUGCUAUAUCCCGUGAACGUUGGCCGUAACAUAGCACGCGAGUCUGCCCCGACGUUCUACGUGUUCGCCAGCGAUAUUGAGCUCUAUCCGAAUCCGGACUUGCCAACCAAGUUCCUCGAGAUGAUCAGAAAGCGAGACCAGCCGGCCCUUAACACGCCUAAUCCGAAAGUUUUUGUACUGUCUAUCUUCGAGAUAGACGAGAAGAGUCAGCCACCAAACAAUAAAACGCAUCUGGUGCAAAUGUUGAAGUCUGGCACGGCCAUUCCUUUUCACAAAAAGUUGUGCUCUGGCUGCCAUAACGUACCCCGUAGCAAAGAAUGGCAAGAGGCGCCCGAAACCGAGGGCCUCCAUGUGUUCCACGUUGGCAAGAGGACGGGCAGUUUCGUCCAUUGGGAGCCGAUUUUCAUCGGGACCAAUAACGACCCAUUGUACGACGAAAGACUUAGCUGGGAAGGGAAAAGCGACAAAAUGACACAGGGUUACGCGCUGUGCGUUCUCGACUACGAUUUCCUAAUCCUGGACAACUCGUUCCUGGUCCAUCGUCCGGGCAUCAAGAUCUUCAAGAAGGACCCACAUCGGGAAAUGCUCACGGCGAAGACGAAUGCGUUAAUCAAGAAGAUAAUCGUGCCGGAACUGAAGAUCCUUUACGGAACGCGGAAGGGCUGCGCCGUGUAGCCCGUGGAGAUCCGGGCACGACGUGUGCUCCACAGGUGUCCUCCGGUGAAACGGCACCACCUGAGACCAUCCCAGACGUUUCGCCACGGAAUGUUCCGGGCGAGGCGAGAGAUAAAUGGAACCACUAGCCAGGUUCUUCUGGUCACGCACGCCCUCAAAGACGGUGUUCACGUGCGUUUAUCGAGCUUUCAGAGAGCCAAGGAGAACCAGAAGAGUGUCCAUUGUGAUUCAUAGACGUUGCCUCCCAUAUAGAUGAUGCCAGUCAAAUGGUACUGAAAGUAUACACACAUACACACACAGAUACAUUUGCUUGGUUUGUCUAUUACGAGGAAGAUCCUCCAAGCUCUAAUUGUUAGUUCCUGCAGUUACACAACAGCCACCCCCUUCGUUUCUUAUCACUGACUUAUUCUUCACAGUACAAAAGUGUGAUGGCAGCAUAAAGACAGAGUGAAACAGCGAUGGAACCUGACUGGUGCACAGAGAGACUUGUUUCGGUGGUGUGUGAGCAUGUAGAGAUUAUUCUUCGUGAUGUUCUCCCCCU